AUGAGUACAAUAGUUCAGCAUAUCCAGCAAAAGCAAUGGACAAUGUCCUCCAUCCUCGCCCCUCGCGCGAAGCGUGCAGCCAUGGCGCUGUCACAGAGGGAGGCGGAUAUUCAGAUGAUGCUCGCGGCGAAGGUGCACCUGGGCACCAAGAACUGCAACUACCAGAUGGAGCGCUACGUCUGGAAGCGCGGCGCGGACGGUGUGUUCAUCAUCAACCUCGCCAAGACGUGGGACAAGCUGCAGAUGGCGGCGCGCGUGAUCGUCGCGAUCGAGAACCCGCAGGACAUUUGCGUGCAGUCCGCGCGGCCGUACGGGCAGCGCGCGGUGCUCAAGUUCGCGCAGUACACGGGCGCCAACGCCAUCGCGGGCCGCCACACGCCCGGAACCUUCACCAACCAGCUGCAGAACAACUUCAGCGAGCCGCGCCUGCUCGUCCUCACCGACCCGCGCGUUGACCACCAGCCCACGGCUGAGGCGGCGCUGACCAACAUCCCCACUAUUGCGUUCUGCGAUACGGACAGCCCGAUGCGGUACGUGGACCUGGGCAUCCCCGCCAACAACCGCGCGAAGCACUCCAUCGGGUGCCUCUACUGGCUGCUGGCGCGCAUGGUGCUGCAGAUGCGCGGCUCCAUCCUCCCCAGCCAGCCCUGGGACGUCAUGGUCGACCUUUUCUUCUACCGCGACCCCGAGGAGACCAAGGAGGAGCAGCCCGAGGAGGGCGCUGCGGCGGAGUUCGGAGCGGUUGAGUUUGGUGCUGUGCCCCAGAUCGCCGAGGGGCAAUGGGAUGCUGCCGCUCCCACCGCUGACUGGGACGCUGCUGCUGCCGCCCCUGGUGGUGCUGUGCCGGCUGUUGCUGGUGGCUGGGAUGCUGCUGCCCCCCCUGCUGCGGGCGCUCCCCCUGCUGCCGUGUCAUCAGGCUGGGAUGCCGCCGCUGCCCCCGUGCCUGGUGUGCCCGGGGCUGGCUGGGACGCUGCUGCCCCUGGAGGCUGGGAGGCUGCCCCUCCCCAGUAA